AUGAAAUUUGAAGACUAUCUCAUGGAGAAAAGCCAAGAGCCUCAGAAAAGACAAGACCUCGAGAAGGAGGUUGUCAAAUUAAAAGCACAGUUGAAGUGUGAAGAGGCACUCAAUAGAAUCUUACAUUGUGCACUUCAUGGGCCUGUGUUCUCUCUUCCUCUCAUUCCCUCACUGUUUCCAUCCCAGGUUUAUGGGCUUCUUAAAGAAUUGGCAAUGGUUGAGGAAGAGAUCAUCAUGCUUGAAAGAGAAGUUAAGGAACUAAAACUUAGAUUGUACCAGGAGAGAGACCAGAACACAGAUUGGCAAAUACACCAUAGGAGACAACCUAAACUAUAUAACCAGUUUCGAGGAUCAUCAAGAUAUGAAUCAAUGAUUACUGAGCAAAGGUCCAGUUCACACAAUUAUGAAGUACUUCUUAGUAAAGGAAGAAUGACAAGCCACAGAAGGGCCUCUCUAAGUUCGUCAUUGGAUUUCCAUAGCCUAUUGUCCAUGCCAAGAAGGUCAAACGAAUAUGAAGUAACAAGAAGGAACACUGGAAAGAUAGCAAGACAAUACCCUGUGUAUAUGGAAAAUGCCAUUGAGAAACCGAAUGAAUUAUCAGAGGAACUGCUUAGAUGUCUGAUAGCCAUUUUUCUCGAAUUGAACAGGGCAUCGUUGGACAGUGAAGAAUCAGAAACUGUCCCUAAACUUACUCUUUCAUGCAUGAAGUCCACUGGCUUCAUGACAAAGACCUCAUUCAACAACAAGACACCUUCAAAUGGAAAUGCCUCCUUUCUUGACCCUUAUGGCAUAUCAUCUGAUUUAGAUUGCACAGCUAGAGAUGUUGGACCGUAUAAGGACUUCAUUCAAAUCACUAGGACCUCAUUAGACAUAGACCGUUUUUCACAGUGCUUGCCAGCAUUCAGAAAAUUAAGGGUCUUGAUGCAUAAGCUAUGUGAUGUAGAUUUGAGUUUCUUGACCUACAAGCAAAAGUUGGCAUUCUGGAUUAAUAUCUACAAUGCCUGCAUAAUGAAUGCAUUUUUAGAUCAUGGCCUUCCUUCUACACAGGACAAACUGUUGUCUCUUAUGAAUAAGGCUGCAAUGAAUGUAGGCGGGAUAGUACUGAAUGCUCUGGCUAUUGAACACUUUAUUCUUCGGCACCCAUGUGAAUCAAAACAUGGUCCUGUGGAUGAGAAGGAAGUGCUACUACGGCAUGCUUAUGGUCUGGGGUAUCCAGAACCCAAUGUCACCUUUGCUCUUUGUCGAGGCACUUGGUCCUCCCCAGCUUUAAGGGUGUACACCUCUGACGAAGUUGUGAACCAAUUGGGGAGGGCCAAAGUGGAGUACUUGGAAGCUUCAGUGGGUGUCACAAACAAGAGAAAGAUAAUUGUGCCAAAGCUAUUGCAGUGGCAUAUGCAUGAUUUUGCAGAUGAGAUGGAAUCACUGCUAGAAUGGAUUUAUAGUCAAUUGCCACGCUCAGGAUCAUUGAAAAGAGCAACGAUGGAGUGCCUCAUAAGAGAAACAAAAUAUCCCAUGUCUAAAAUGGUGGAAAUCCAACCAUAUGAAUCUGAAUUCCGGUACCUCCUUCCUGUAUAA